AGUUGUUGAUUUGUUAGUCAGCUGCGUCAACAUGAAGCUCGUGAAGCUGGGAGACAUUGAAAGUUCGAAACUAGGCUAUGGUGCCAUGUCUUUGUCAUCAAAUAUUUACUCAGUUCCUGAAGGAUACACAGAUGCGGACGGUGUUGCAGUUCUGAAACGAGCAUUGGACUUGGGAAUCACGCAUAUCGAUACUGCUAUUAUUUAUGGCAACGGCCACAACGAAACUCUGGUCGGACAAGCUAUCGCUGGCUUGAACCCAGAGGAAAGAGCUAAGCUCUGUAUCGCCACCAAGACAGGAUUUGACACGAAAGCUGGAAAAGUAAGCGGGGAUCCUGAGUUUAUCCGCCGAACAUGUGAGGAAUCUAUCGCGAGGUUGGGAACCUACAUCGAUAUUUUCUACUUGCAUCGAAUUGAUACUUCAACCUCUAUUGAGGAGAGUAUGAAAACCAUGAAGGAACUCAUCGCAGAAGGGAAGAUCAAAGCUGUUGGGUUAAGUGAAGCUUCGGCUAAUACGAUCAGAAGAGCGCACGUUGUGGUUAAAAUCAGCGCUAUUCAGCUCGAAUGGUCUCUUUGGAGCAGAGAUGUAGAAGAUGAGAUUAUUCCAGUGUGUAGGGAGUUGGGAAUUGGGAUUGUAGCCUACUCGCCUCUUGGUCGGGGUAUGUUGACAGGAGCAAUAAAGAAACGCGAGGAUCUGAAUGAAAAAGACUGGCGAUUGAGGAACCCGCGUUUCCAGGGAGAAGCAUUUGAUGCGAACUUGAAGCUCAUCAGCAAAGUUGAGGCAGUAGCUGCUAAAAAGGGAUGCUCGACUGCUAAUCUGGCUCUGGCUUGGGUUUUGGCUCAAGGCGAUGACGUGGUUCCGAUUCCAGGAACAGCUAAGGUGAAGAAUCUUGAGGCAAAUAUGGGAGCCCUAGAUGUCAUUUUGACGAAAGACGAAGUCGAUGAGCUGAGCAGUGUUUUGCCACCGGAAGCGGUGGUUGGCGAAAGAUACCAACCAGGGAUACCAACUUUCAAAGACAACUGAAACCCUUCUUAUUUUUGAUGGGUUUCCUUACUGAACAUGUACCAUUUCAGAAAUUCUGCCAACAUACCAACACAUCGUAAAAUCGACGCAAUGUGAUAACUAACAGGGUAGCUUUUCAGCGAUUGAUUACACUAAAAUGUUUGCUCUUACAAACAAAACAAUUUAUCAUUUUAGUUUUUAACCCAGAUUACUUGCAUUGUAAAUAUUAUUGAAAAUAUAAUUUUCCGU